ACUUCAGCCUCAAGAGACCAGAACAUCAAAUAUUGAGGGAAAUCAAUUCAUUGCAACCAUCUAUUGCAAUGUUUCAAAAAUCAACCAGAUAAGUCAGGAAUAGGAGAGGUGAGAAGGUGGUCACUGAAGGAGCUUCAAUGUCUAGGGAAGGAGGAGCUCUCUCAAUGGUCAUUGCGGCUUUCUGGAUUUUGGCCGUCUUUGUCCCCCCACUUGUGGCUGAUGUCAAGUCUUCGGGAGAUCCUGAGCCAUGUGGACCUCAAGGACCCCCAGGACCUCCAGGACCCAUGGGUCCUCCAGGGAUACCUGGUAUACCAGGACUUCUAGGUUUACCAGGACUGCCAGGAGCACGUGGAUUGCCUGGAAAUGUUCAGAAGUGCCCACCCCUACCACAAUCUGCCUUUUCCGUGAAGAGGGCUGGACCUUUCCCAGGCCCCUUCCAGCCCCUUGUCUUCCAGGAGGCUUUGUACAACCAUCAGGGCCACUUUGACCUGGCCACAGGCGUGUUCACCUGCACCGUCCCUGGUAUAUACUACUUUGGUUUCGAUAUUGCACUGUUUCAGAAUGCCGUAAAAGUGGCUCUCAUGAGGAAUGGCGUCCAGGUCAGGGACAAAAGAGGAGAGGCCCAGGAUAGCCAAGAGCACGUUUUGGGAAGUUCCAUCUUGCAGCUGGAGAAAGGGGAUAGGGUCUGGCUGGAGUCCAAGCUGGACGCAGCAGAGUCUGAAAAAGGGAAUACACCAACCACGUUCUAUGGGUAUUUGCUCAAUGGAAAUUCAGAAGGCUAGAACCAAUAGCACACGCCUUUUCCUGAAGUACCCCUGAAUAGAAGAAAAGAAGUGUCCAUUCCUCUUAGUUUUUGCUCUGGUUCCCUAAUACAUAUAUAUACACACAUACUGUGGAAUAUUAUUCAGCUAUUAAAAAAGAUGGGAACUUUACACCUUUUACAUUUACCUGGAUGCAGUUGAAAUACAUUCUUCUUAGUAAAGUAUCUCAAGAAUGGAAAAAUAAACAUCCAAUGUACUCCAUACUAAUAUGAAAUCAAUAUAUAAACAAUUACACAUUCACAAGAACGAUAAAAUACUAUUGUAGUCCAGUUUGGUGGUAGAGGGAAGUGGUGGGGGGGGGACGUUUGGCAGGAGGGAGGGCCUGAGUUGGGAUCUCACCUACUGUGCACAUUGUGAGGGUAUAUAACACGCCCCCUGGGUGACGGGCUCUUCUACAAAUGGAUCUUUCCCCUGCAAGUUAGGACAAUGUAACCUAAAUAUUGUACUCUCAUACUAAUUUGAAUAAAGUAAAAAAAAAAAAAAACUAAGCCACAUAUUCCAUGCUGAAGCAAGAGGUCAGAAGUGGCCCAAGUCCUUGCAGACUUCCAGGAGUAUCUUGCCAUCCUUAUUCUACUGAUGACUAGAUUUUGGUUCAAAACUUGGCUUUUUUUAAAAAAAAUUAUUGAAGUAUAAAUUAAAUCCAUUAAAUGCUCAAAUCUAAAGUGAACAGCUUGAUUCAUUUUUAUCCAUGUACAAAGACAUGGUCCCAGAUUAAUAAUAGAACGUUUCUGUCACUCCAGAAGUUUCCCUGUGCCCUUUCAAGCUAUCUCCACAUCUGUGGCAUUUCAUCUGUUAUGUAGAUUUUCAGCAAUCUCAAUUAUUUUUGCCUCCUCUUGAACUUUACAUGAAUGAUACAAUAAAAUAUCAAAUCUUGGCCUUUUCCCCACUCUUCAUAAUGUUUGUGAAAUUCACCUACACUAUCAUCAUGGUAGUGUAGUAUUUCUUUUUUUGUUUUUGAGACAGAGCCUCAAGCUGUCGCCCUGGAUAAAGUGCCGUAGCAUCACAGCUCACAGCAACCUCCAACUCCUGGGCUCAAGCGAUUCUCCUGCCUCUGCCUCCCAAGCAGGGACUAUAGUUGCCCACCCCAACGCCCGGCUAUUUUUUGGUUGCAGCCGUCAUUGUUGUUUUGUGGGCCUGGGCUGGAUUCGAACCCGCCAGCUCAGGUGUAUGUGGCUGGCGCCUUAGCCGCUUGAGCCACAGGCGCAGAGCCUAGUAUUUCUUUCUGUAGAGACGUGUAGCAUUUCAUUGUGCGGUCACGCCAUCUUUGUUUAUCCACUCAUCUGUUGAUGGCUGAGUGGCCUUCAGGAGUGGGUUACUCUGAAUAAAGCUGCUGCACACAUUACUAUGUCUUUUAUAACGUAAAUAUGCUCAUUUUUUUCUAGUAUAUGCUUCAGAGUGAAAUUUCAGGGCCUCUGAAUAUAGACAAAUGUUUACAUUUAAAAUCAGUAGAAUGGGCACAGAUAUUUUCUCAUAUUAUUUGGAUUAAUACAAGGUUAACUGCCAACCUAGAUUUGUAUGUUCAGUAAAGAUAAUCUUGAAAAAUCAGCCCCAAAAGGAAACUCAGAUUUACAUGAAGGUGUUAAGAAUAUUAGAAAUAGUAAAUUUAUGGGACAAUAGUCCUUUUUUUUUCCCAGACAGUCUCACUCUGUCACCCAGGCUAGAGGGCCGUGGCAUCAGCCUAGCUCAAAGGAACCUCAAACUCCUGAGUUCAAGCGAUCGUCCUGCUUCACUCUCCUACGUCACUGGGAUGACAGGCGCCCACCACAAUGCCUGGAUAAUUUUUCAUUUUUCUUUUUUUCUAAGUAGAGACAGGGUCUUGCUCUUACUCAGGCUAAUCUUAAACUCCUAAAGUCAAGGGAUCCUCCUACCUCAUCCUCCCAGAGUGCUAAUCUUACAGGUAUGAGCCACUGCACCUGGCCAGAACAAUAUCACUUUGUUUUAAAAGAUAGGUAUUACAAACAAGAAAAAUAACAACGUAUUGUGAUAUAAAGGUGGGGAACCUGAGGCCUUCUGAUUUUAAGAUUAUUCUUUUUUGGCACCAAAAGCGACAAGGAAAACAUCAUCUUCCUCUGCGGCACCCUUUUUAAUGAAAGAAUGUGUUAUGUAAAACUUGGAUUCUCAAAAGGCAGCACUUGAAGACCAGGAAGGCCACACGUGUUUCCCUAAGGCCACAGGUUCCCCACCCCCUACAUCAGGAGCCAAUAGUGCAAAAGAAGAUAAUCAAGAGGAGAAAAGGAGAAAUAACAAAUAGAGCUUAUGUUUGAACAACAACUGGCACAACUUUGCUCUAGUUAAAAACCAACUAAGGUCACUGGCCUCAGACAAGAGCAAAAAACUAAAUGUUAAAAGAACUUGAUUUAGUAUCACAUCUCUCUAUAGCUUUGAAAGACAAGCAGGUGAGAGAAGAACAGAACAACUGAAGGCAUAUUCUUACAAAACUGCCAUCCAUGUGCCAGGAUGCGUAGGGAAGGAGAAAGAGGUCUCGCCGUGGGAAUUAUAGAUGUCUGGAUUUUAUCUCUGACCGUUGUAACAGCUGUGGCUGAUGCCAGCUCUGCAGAAGUGUCAAGGCCCUGUGAUUCUCAUGGACCCCCAGGAGCGCAAGGGCCCCCAGGUCUUCCAGGGGCCAAUGGUCCCAGAGGACCUCCAGGCUAUCCAGGACUAACAGGGCCACGUGGGACUCCAGGAGAUAUUGAAAAUUGUCCUUCCCCACUCAAAUCAGCCUUUGCAGUGAAGCUGAGGGACGCCUUUCCAGCCCCUUCCCAGCCCAUUGUCUUCAAGGAAGUUCUGCAUAACCAUCAGAGCCACUUCAAUCUUACCGUGGGGGUGUUUACCUGCGCCCACCCUGGUGUAUACCACUUCGGCUUUGAUAUUGAGCUAUUCCAGCAGGCUGUAAAGUUAGGGCUAAUGAAGAAUGGCAUUCAGGUCCUCGAGAAGGAAGCUGGGGCUGAAGACACGUACAGGCACGUUUCUGGAACUGUCAUCUUGCAGCUGACGGCAGGAGACAGGGUUUGGCUGGAAUCCAAGCUAGGCACAGAAGAGAAUGAGAAAGGAUUGAUUCAAAGUGUGUUCUUUGGGUAUUUGCUGUAUGGAAACUAUACUGGCUGAGGAGUAACAGCACACCUAAAUAGCUCAAGUGGACCUAAAUUUCAGAGCAUAACUCGCCCUGCAUUAUAUUUUUCUCCAAUCUCACUGAAUAAAAAAACUUAAGAAUAUC